GGCCCAUUAGGAAGGACACUUCACUUUUAUUGUCAGAGAUAUCACUGUUAUGAAGUAUUCCAUUAGUUUCUGAGCUUAUAUCACCAAAAGAUUCUUGUAUAUGGUUAGUUGAGCUACUCCCCACCUCUUUCUGCUUUCUAAAAAAAAAAAAAAAAAUUAAAAAUAAAUAUAAUUAUUAAGAAUUUGGCCAUUAUAAUUACUUUUAAAAAAUUGAAAUAACAAUAAUGAUCUAUAGUGACUGACGGUAUGUCUACACAUAUGACAAAUAUUUGGAAAAGUGUUCAAUAAUGAAUACUUGCAAGUAGUGUGGCAGCUAAAUUUGGCAAUUGUAUUUCUAAUGCGUAGCCAUACCAUAAGGAUUCAUUCAUGGGUAGGAGGUUGGGGACUCACAGUAACUAUUAAAACCUCUUGAAGUGCUAGAUGUAAAUAUACGUGUUCGAUGCCCACUAUUUCUUGAAUAGGGACCAAGUUCAUUCCUGUUAAAUGAAAAAUCGAAAAAUAUUUCAUAAAAAUCUAAUAAUAGAAUUAGAGAUAUUUAAGUAAUUACUUUUAUAAAUAAAUAAACUAAAAACUUUGAGACUAAUACUCUAUUGAAAAGGCUUACAAAACAUCAGUCAAUUCAUUCAUUUCCAAGGUAUUCGAUGUUAAAAAUUUUUGUUUAAAAUACAUGUUAAUAGCCAAAAAUUAUAAUAAAUAAAACACCAAACAUUAAAUUAAAAUAAAAAAACAUUUAUCAAUUAAAGAGGUACUAAAACCACACAUUUCUAAGGAAAUUAAAUGAAACUGAUAACCCUCCGAGGCGUCUGAAAAGAAGAUGUCCACGUGAUCUUCUAAUAUAGACAUAUUAUUAGACUCAGGUUUAGCUCAGGUAGGAAGAAGGCACAUUAGGAAGGACCGCAACCAGAUAGCAGCACCUCCCAGGGGAAGGGAGGAGGGAGGAGGGAGGAAGGAAGCCUUCUCCAGAGUGGUCAUUCUGUGAUCUAGUGUCCGAGUGGCAAUAUGGAACCCAUCUCUGUGCCGAUCAACCACAGCAAAGAAGAGGAGGCGAUGAAGCCUAUCACAGACAAAAGAAAACAAUGCUCUGAUUCAUCAAGCGAUGAUGACAGUGAGGGUGAUGAAGAGGAGAAAAAAAAUGAGGCAAAAUGGCUUCGCACACAUAGAGCCAAACGUUCUUCCCAAAAGGAAUGCUACGAUCCCCAAUUAGAAGUAUACAAGAAUACGUUGCUCAAAGAAAUUGAGUCCUCAGACAAACAUUUAUCAAUUAAAGAGUGUCCGAGUGUCAAUAUGGAACCCAUCUCUGUGCCGAUCAACCACAGCAAAGACGAAGAGGAGGCGAUGAAGCCUAUCACAGCUCAGGUAGGAAGAAGGCCCAUUAGGAAGGACCGCAACCAGAUAGCAGCACCUCCCAGGGGAAGGGAGGAGGGAGGAGGGAGGAAGGAAGCCUUCUCCAGAGUGGUCAUUCUGUGA